ACCCAAACUCAAGGUUUCUAUUUUUGCAUUUGACUGGUCAUUCACUCUCAAAUAAGGUUAUAAAUAUUGGUCGACAAGUCGACCUCGCUGUCAUUCUUUUACCUAAGCUUCUGUGAGUAGCGUCAAUCUUUCCCAUUUUUAUCAAACUUGUAACAAUAUUUAAAUUGCAUAAAUCCUGACUUGAAGUAACCUUAAACCAUUGUGCACUCGUCUCUGCCUGAUUAUUCUCAACUUGCCUCAGUUUACAACUACACCAUAAUCUCUCAUAAAAGUAUUCAUCUCCACCCUGUUACCAUCCAUACGAUUGAACAUCACACUUCAAACUCUCACAAAAACCACACCCCAGUUGGGACCCAACAUCCCCAACACUUUUGCUUAAAAUUAUUUAGUUUAGCCUGCAUGCUUCGGGAGUUGAGACUUUGGUGCCUUGAAUUUGGGAUGUGUUAAUAGCUUAAAUAAACCAAUUAAAAUGUAGUUGGAAAAGAAAUUUCAUAGCGAGGUUGACACUUUUGGGUCCGUCAGGAAGGAUUAUGCUUAAGAAGAAAUAUGUAGAAAUCCACCCGAGACUUCUUGAAGAGGGAAAUUAUUAUCUGUACAGUUUCUCAAAUUAUCUCGACUUGAGAGUGAUAAUUUCCCAAGUUAGUUUCUUUAUUAUUUCAUAUUUCAUGACUUGAGACUUAGGCACGGCUAUUCAAUAUUUGUUUUACGUGAAGUCACGUGAGGUUGACCUACAUACACUUCAGCAAAGCUAUACUGCAGGAAGGCCAGUGGUGCUAUCCACCAGGACGGAGAAGAUUAAGCUUUCAGAAUAAUUCCAACUAGCAACGCCUUCCCGAAUUUUAAGAUAACACGACAAACAUCUAAAUUCAAGCACACACGCUGUACGGUUGCCUUAAUACUUGUAAGGAAGACAAAGUAAAUAGCAGUUAACUUUGCUCAUGCAGAUGGACGUGCAAACGUAAAGAGAAGGGAGUGUUUUAUAGGUGAAGGUAAAUAGUGGCCAUCAGCAUGUAGAUAACAGGAGUGGGUCCAAUUCAUCAUCAUCACAUUUGACAAGAUUUACAUAACGAGUUCAUAAUCUGCAAUUUGAUCCUCGUGAGUGUCGCAAAUUUCCAUAAAAAUAUUUUAUUCAGCUCAUGAUACUGUGAUAGAUGUAGAUAGACAGAUGUACGUACGUACAAAUACACGUCUGUAUGCACAUGGCUACCUAUUAUACAUACACACUCACCAUUCUCACUCAUUUUCCUUCCAACGCACUCGUCAUGGUUUAUUAAUCAUCCCUCCGCUUUCUCUUUUGCCUCUUUGAUUGCAGUUCUCACUGAAGGCAGAUAAGUUCCUACCACGCAAACGAGCGACACACAACCUCAAUUUAGAAUUCAAUUGGGCCUGAUGAGGAUAAUCAAUUGAUUAUGUAUCCUCAUCUCGACCUCAGCAGCAUCGUUGGAUAGUGCAAUGAUAAAUGAGCAUGAAUUUGUCGAUUUUGAGUGUAUGACGCUUUGAAAUCGAGCAGUUGCUCGAACUCUGUAGUUCCGUAUGCUGUAUGUUACCUUAUAUUGUACAAUUAAUGUAUAAUGUGACCUGUGUAUCUAUGCUGGUGAAAGUUGCUGAAGUUGUUACAGUCAAAUCUCAAUUGCAAAGACCACCAAAAACCGCAAUGUUGUUUGCUGGUUUUGGUGUUCACUCGUUCGUCAAAACCUUUAAAUUUGAUUAAAUUAAGUUGCCAGUAUUUGAUUUUAGAGGGAUUUUAGUUAGGGACCUAAGUUGGAAUCUGUUUUAUUCAACCAAUCACUAAAGUUCGUACUACCAGUGGCUAAAUAAAUGAAUUGAUUUAGCGACUGCAAUUUUCUGUAUCGUGCCGAGUGUGUUAUGGAUGAAAUCAAAUAAUGAAUAACUGUACAGGGUAAAAAUUAUGUUGCAAUUCAACAUAAUUGGAUAAUUGUAAGUAUUCUACUCACAACGGGAUCAGCAUUGUCAUAACUUUAACUAUAAGUAUAACAAUUAAUGUUAACUUCCAAAUUAGCCAGUGUUGGUUUGCGGAUAAGAUUCUCCUGCCUGUAAGUACAUAAUGUCAUAUAAUUUAUGGAUACAUAUCUCGAUACGUGAUUAUUUUUAGAUUUUCAAAAAAAGAGGGAGAAACGUAAAUAUAGUUUAUGUUUGAAUUAGACAAUCCUCGACAAAGGCGAAUUCCCACUGUUCCACUGCUAUUGAUAACAAAGGGGAAGAAAUAGAUUGCACCUAUUAAUCCACCUCCAUGUACUUGGUUACAUGAAAUUUAUGUGUUUUCCUUUCCCUGUGGCACGAUUCCCUCGUUUUCUUUCCUUUCUUUGCGUAUACAAAUAUGCAAAUCCGAGUGUGAAUCUAAAUCUAUACAAACGAGCUAACUGGUGAAUACAAAUGAUGCAGUGACAGGCAGGCAUAAAAGAGUCCAGUUUCAAGCUGUUUCCAGGUUAAGAAGACUGCAUGUCUGGAGGAAUGGUAGUCGUCGUAGUCGUCGACGUCGUCGUCUUGCUAACCAGAUCUGCAAGUGGGAGCAUUAUUACCUGUGGAAUAUUCUGAAUUUGCAACUGCUGUGGCUGUCUAAAUCUAACUACAGACAACAACCUAACAGCGGUCCUUGAUUGAACCAAAAUACUGCAAAGAACUACACUUGAUCUUCAUUGUACCAAAAUGGAUAACGCGACACCAAUUUCUGACUUUCGUCAAAAGAAGCUCAUUUUCAUCUUUGAAAAUUUCUUUGAUGUAAACCACAGCGGAUCCAUUGAGCGGAAGGACUUUGACCAAGCUGUUGAUUACAUUUGCGGAAGGCGAGGAUGGGAGAAGGACUCAAAUAAGUAUAACGACACACGGGAGAGAUUUAUCCAAAUUUGGGAUGCUUUGCGAUGUGUGGCCGAUGCGAAUACUGAUGACCAGGUGAGCCAAGAAGAGUGGUGUAGACUCUGGAGGACGCCAAGUGAUUGUGAAUCUUGGCAAAACACUUAUCAAUCCUUCAUGUUCUAUCUUCUCGAUACUUCAGGUGACGGAUCCAUCGAUGUGGAUGAAUUUACAUCUGUGUGCAGCACUUACGGUGUAAGUCCAGAUGAAUGUCGGGGAGCAUACAAGAAACUUUCGAAGGAUGGGACGGUGAAAGUGGACAAACCAUACUACUCCGUCCUCUGGAAGGAUUUCUUCUUCUCGGAUGAUACUGCGGCAUUAGGGAACUUCAUAUUCGGAAAGAUCAACUUUUAAUCGGGGUCACGCUCUUCUUGGGUGCAUUGAGUUUUUGAGGAAUAUUUGAUAAUUCGUUAAAAACUGUUCUAUUCUUGAAGGUUUCACUGUCUGUAAAAGGUUUACCAUAAUCAUAAAAUUUAUGAAUGUGUGAUGUCUAAUGAGAAUGCAAAAGUGAGUCUUCGACUUGUAUGUAAGUACAGCUCGGUAACGUGUAUUUAUGUGCCACUAACUAGCGUAAUAUCUACAAGAAAAUUAAUUAGAGAUUGAGAAAUUGAGCAGUGCAUACAGCGGAUUUGUUGCUGCCAUGUUACUAUACACAUAAGUACGUAAUAUGUAUUUACAUAGAUUAAGAAAGUGUUGUACUAGGAUUGAUGAAUAGCUUGACAUUCACCAAUGGGUUAAACGUGUUCCUUGUUGUCAUUCUGCAUUUACCAACCAAUGGAUCUGUACUAACAGACUAAAUAUUCUCCCUGCACCUACAAUUUUGUCAUGUACAUAAGUAUCGUCGUUGUACAGCAUGACAUGUUCGUCUCAUGCAUGAGAAUAAGGUCAUAAAGUUGAGUUUCGGUGAUUAAACUAUUUUAAGUUAUAAAUAAUAGUUAUGACUCGGUGGUAAAAUAUUCAAACCAGUCAACACUCACACAAUAUACUGAUACACGUUAUUUUCACGGUGAAACAGAUUAAAAUAAAGCCAGCCUAACUUUUCUCUUGUAAAAGCACUAUAGAAAAUAACCGGAUAUGGCCAAAAAACUAAUCACUGUUAUUAAAUCCAUUGUACAUACUUGCAAGAUUUUUAGACGGGAAUUAUUAUGAACAUCAAAAUUGUACUUGUAAAAAUUGUGUGCCCUUUUAUGGAUGGUUAAUGUUAAGACAUACGUACGUACAUACAUGUAGAUAACAUACUGCGACAUUAACAUUUUAUGGUGGCGUGGACGACGACGUUGAUUUCACGUUCACCUUACAAGAAGUCGUCCCGAUAUUUGCUUUAUAUACUUUUCCAACAAACCGUAACCUCAGCAGCCUCGUGGAAAUAAAAGUGAGCUACCAGUCAUCGUAUCCCGUGGACUGCCGGAAGCAAUUCUCUAAUACUUCCUGCCCUUGCAUGUCGGUCGUCAUUAAGACAUCCUUUACUUUCACUUCUACCUUUCUCCUAAAAAUAUAGCCAACAAUGUUCAAGGAAAGGCGUAGCUAAUUAUGUCUGGAAUUUAUAACAUCGCUAGAACCAUCUGCUUUUGCCAUUUGAACAGCGGUUACGUGUGUCCUUAACAUAUUCAUCAAUGAAACAUUAUUACGUAACAAAUUGGAGAAAGUUGUCUGCGACGGUCACAUGACCGCAUAUAAAUAUAUGUACAUAUGAGAAUGCAAUGCGUGGUUACGGAACCAAAUUUUGUUACUUACACCGUGUAUCUAAUCCAGUGUGAUUUACGAUCUUAAAUACAAUUAUAAAUGUCAAAAUUCAUUUGAAAUAAAAUCUUGUGUUUCAUUAGCCUGCAAUUAGUGCAAUUUGGUGUCUAACAAUAUUUUAAGAAUCUCAAUUAAUUUUUAGACAUUUUAAGUCGCAAAAUAUGAUACCAAAAUUAUGCGAGAGAAAA